ACUUGCGCAGUAGCCAGCGUGGUUUUGUUUGUCUGCCCGUGAGCCCCUGACGCUCCGUUAAGAGUUUAUACAAAUAGUCUGUAUGGAGGUAAAUAUAUAUUAACUGUAUGUUCUCAGUGACACAGCAGCUACUAACCCGCCUGUGAGGCAGCCGACAGUUUCACUUAAGUGUCAGAACCUCAAAAAAUCUCUAAAGAUGCCGCUCUUUGGGAACACGUUCAGUCCGAAGAAAACACCUCCUCGCAGAUCGGCUUCCUUGUCCAGCCUUCAUACGUUGGAUAGAUCAACAAGAGAAGUCGAGCUGGGCCUUGAAUAUGGACCUCCUGUGAUGAACAUCGGAGGUCAGAGCUGGAAAUUUGAAGAGGGACAGUGGAUAACAGAAUCCGGUGAGAAUACAUCUGGCAGGGAAGCACAGAGGCUCAAGAAAAGAAAUGUCCAACUGGAGGAGGAAAACAACCUCCUAAAACAAAAGAUGGAAAUCCUCUUGGACAUGUUGACAGAGACGACCGUAGAGUACCACCUGAUGGAGAAAGAAGUGGAAGAUGUAAAAACACAACAUCAAAGGAAGAAAUGACUGAUGUUAUUCACACUGCAUUUUCAGCAGGAAAUGCACUUUCUAGUUCUUAUUAAACAUGUCCCUGGGAA